CUCCCGUCUUAUCUUCAGCAGCAACCAAUGACUCACCGUGGUUUGUCACCGACCGCCUCAAUAGCCGGUCGGCAUUCAAUGAUCGAUACGAAGCUGCCGCCACGAUAAUGACCUUUGACGUCCUUAAUAUCAAGUCUCCGGAACCCUCAGUACAGUCACUCGAAUCCAUCACGUCACUAUGGAACUGGACAAGAAGCGCCCUUCGUCCCUCAAGUCGGAGGGCAAUGUCUCUGCCGCAGAGGGACAAGUUGAUGACAUUAUUGCAGCAUACCAACGGAUGCCAGAGUCUCUCCGCAGCAUCAGCCAAGAUGAACUCGAUCGUCUCAACCGGAAGAUUGUCCGCAAGGUCGACCUCAUGGUGCUUCCCACCAUUGGCAUCCUAUACAUCCUGAACUACAUCGACCGCCAGAACCUCGCCGCCGCCAAACUACAAGGCAUCACCGAAGACCUCCAUAUGACGACCGACCAAUUCGCCACGGCCGUGUCCAUCCUGUUUGUCGGCUACCUCCCCUUUCAAAUCCCCAGCAACCUCCUCAUCACCAAAAUCGCCCGCCCCGGCAUGUACAUCUGCCUGGCCGUCUCCAUCUGGGGCUGCAUCUCCGCCGCCACCGCCGCCGUGCACAACUACAGCCAAUUGCUCGCCGUCCGGGCCAUCCUCGGCAUCGCCGAAGCCGUCUUCUUCCCAGGAGCCAUCUACUACCUCUCGGCCUGGUACACCAAAGCCGAGCUCGGCAAACGCAUCGCCGGUCUCUACAUCGCCCAACAAGUCGGCAACGCCUUCGGGGGCCUCUUCGCCGCCGCCAUCCUCCAACUCGACGGCAUCCACCACAUCGCCGGCUGGCAAUGGCUCUUCAUCAUCGAAGGUUCCGCCACCGUCGGCAUCGGCAUCCUCUGCGCCUGCAUCAUGCCCGAAUUCCCGCACAACAGCCGCAUGCUCUCCCCUCUGGAGCGAGACCUCGCCGUCUGGCGCAUCGAAUCCGAAGCCGGCGCCGCGGAAUCCAACGAUUCCUCCCCGGCGGUCCUGCGUGGCUUCCUCGCCGCCCUGUCGGACCCGAAACUCCUCCUCCUCAUCUUCGCCAACAUGCUCUCCCAAGUCCAAGGCUCCAUCGCCAAUUACUUUCCCACCCUCGUCGACUCCCUCCACUUCUCCUCCACCAUCAGCCUCCUCCUCACCGCCCCGCCUUACAUCCUCGCCGGCAUCGUCUACUACGCUCUCAUGUACUACUCGGACCGCCACAAUACCAUCUACCCCAUCAUUCUCCUCCUCCUCGCCAUCUCCAUCGCCAUGUACAUCAUCCUGCUCAGUACCGUGAACAUCGGCGCCCGCUACUUCGCCAUGAUGAUCCUGCCGUUUGCGUCCGUGGGUCCGCAACUCCUCCUCUACAAAACGAUUAAUCUGCAUCUCGCGCGACCGGUCUCGAAACGCGCCGCGGCCUCGGCGCUGGUAAAUGCCAUCGGCGGAACGAGUAAUAUCUGGGCGUCGUAUUUGUAUUAUUCCAGUCCGCGGUUUGAUGCGGCGUUUGGCACGCUGCUCGGGGCGGGGGUGUUGUUAGCGGGGACCGUGACGGUGUAUCGGUGGUGGGUGUUGCGGGAGAAUCGGUGGUUGGAUUCGGGGGAGCCGGAGUUGGUGGCGCGCGUGGUGAGGGGAGGGGUGACGGAGGAGAUGGUACAGAUGGGGUGGCGGUAUGAGAUGUAUUGA